AUGGACUGCCCUUAUGUACUUUUCCAAGUUAGGUCGGGAGAGCAGAUGCUCUUGAUCAAAAUCCAAGAGGUGCCCCCAUUUUUUGUCAACAAAAAUGAUGACCCAAUUGACUAUUUCAGAUAUGCCAGUAGCGGAAUGGUCAAAUUAAUGCUCACCAAAAUUGCCACAAUGAUUCUCCAUGGACCUCAAAGAUUUGGGAGAAAAAUGAGCAUUGGUCUGGGGAAUGGAAUGCUGAUGUCAAAGUGUAUCGUGGAUGGGGCAGAGAGAUCGCAGUGGAUGGUUGGCUUGGGCCAGGAGAUAGGCUUACAUAUCCAAGUGGCAGCAGGUAGCACUUUGGUCGGUGUCCAAUUGGACGUUGAUGUGGUGCGGGGUAUACCGGAGUAUACAAGCACUAUGAAUGUUACUGUGGGGGUUGAUAAAUACAUUCUCUUUCCCCCCGGUGUCAAUUUUGCGAAGAUGCCUAUGACCCCAAUGGGCAUCCGCUUCCUUAUCAUCAUAUUCAUUGUCACUGCCAUAAGUAUCUAG